GUUCAGGAAAAGAUUUCUUUUCGUGAGCUGUGAAUCAUAUCGUGAAUUUUUGUUUCUGUGUGAGAGGUGCGGUACAUUAACUCAUCACGAUGAUGUCCUUACCGGGAUCGUUUGCCUGUGACGAAUACGGGCGCCCGUUUAUCGUGCUCCGGGACCAAGAGACCCAAAAGCGUCUCACCGGCACGGAAGCCAUCAAGAGUCACAUCUUGGCAGCGAAGCAAAUCGCCUCAAUCAUUCGUUCUUCGCUCGGACCCAAGGGUCUGGACAAGAUGAUGGUCAGCGGGGAUGGUGAGGUCACGGUCACCAACGACGGUGCAACCAUCAUGAAGCUGAUGGAUGUGGAUCACGAAAUCGGCAAACUGAUGGUGCAGCUCAGCCAGUCUCAGGACGAUGAAAUCGGCGAUGGUACGACGGGAGUGGUCGUGCUGGCGGGGGCACUGCUCGAACAGGCCGAGUCUCUGAUUGAUCGGGGCAUCCAUCCGAUUCGUAUCGCCGACGGUUUCGAGUUGGCAGCCCAGUGUGCUAUCAAGCAUCUGGAUACGAUUGCGCAUCCGUUUCCGGUGUCGCGGGAUAAUAAGGAACCGCUUAUCCGCGUGGCCAUGACCACACUCGGUAGCAAGAUCGUGAACAAGUGCCACAGACAGAUGGCCGAAAUUGCGGUCGACGCCGUGCUAACGGUGGCCGAUCUCGAGAAGAAGGACGUCAACUUUGAGCUGAUCAAGCUGGAGUGCAAGGUCGGUGGACGGAUGGAGGAUACUUGCCUGGUGAAAGGCGUGGUGGUGGACAAAACCAUGAGCCAUUCGCAGAUGCCCACGGUGUUAAAGGACGUCAAACUGGCCAUCCUGACCUGCCCGUUCGAGCCGCCGAAGCCCAAGACCAAGCAUAAGCUCGAUGUCACGUCCGCCGAGGACUACCGUAAGCUGCGAGAAUACGAGCAGGAGAAGUUCCUCCAGAUGGUGAAACAGGUCAAGGAUGCCGGAGCGACGCUGGCCAUCUGCCAGUGGGGCUUCGAUGACGAGGCGAACCAUUUGCUACUGCAGCAACAGCUGCCAGCUGUCCGAUGGGUUGGUGGUCCGGAGAUCGAGCUGAUCGCCAUUGCCACCGGUGGGCGCAUCGUUCCGCGUUUCGAGGAACUGUCGGCUGACAAGCUGGGAACGGCUGGUGUGGUGCGCGAGCUGAGCUUCGGCACGACGAAGGACAAGAUGUUGGUGAUCGAGGAUUGCCAGAAUACGCGCGCAGUUACGGUGUUGAUUCGCGGCGGCAACCAGAUGGUCACGGCGGAAGCAAAACGGUCCAUCCACGAUGCACUAUGUGUGGUGCGUUCGCUUAUUCGCGAUUCGCGCAUUGUAUACGGUGGAGGCGCGGCUGAAAUCAGCUGCUCGUUGGCGGUGGCAUGUGAGGCUGAUCAACUGUCUACAUUGGAGCAGUACGCGUUCCGUGCGUUCAGUGUUGCGCUCGAAUCGAUUCCGCUGGCUCUGGCUGAGAACAGCGGACUUUCGCCAAUCGAAACGCUGUCGGAAUUGAAGGCCCGCCAGGGUUCGGAAAAUUGCAGCACGGUCGGAGUGGACUGCAUGCUGACGGGCAAUUCGGAUAUGAAGGAACAUCACGUCAUCGAGUCGCUGCAUUCGAAAAAACAGCAGAUUGUGCUCGCCACCCAGCUCGUGAAGAUGAUUCUCAAGAUCGACGACGUUCGAACUCCGGCCGAUCAUUAAGUCGGCUAGUGCAGGAGCAGAACAUCGAGGUGCAUUUUCGUUUCUGUCUCAUGCGGUCUGAGAGGAUUCCUUAUGUAUUCACACACGCGUGUACGCGUCUUUUGCACUUAGGAUAGGUUCUCAUUAUUUCAUUACCUUUCACCAAGCUUCGUCGUCCUUCGGCUUGGCGAUGAUUUGGGCGCACAGAACCAUCCUUUUUCAGUUCACGGCACGUCGCUAUUUGCAAGCCGGUAGCGUUAAAUUAAACCAUGAAACUGAUCAUUUACGAUCUAUUCAUAAACGACUUAACACUUAAGUGCUUUCAAUUUCCCAUUUAACCAAUAAAUAAGAUGUUCUACAUCUUGUCGC